UUGUUCAGUGUUAUUAUCAUUGACGAAGCGCACGAACGUACACUUCAUACAGAUGUACUGUUUGGUUUGGUAAAGGAUAUUGCCCGAUUUCGAAACGAUAUCAAACUGCUCAUUUCUUCGGCGACACUUGAUGUCGAGAAAUUUUCAACGUUUUUCGAUGAUGCACCGAUACUCAGAAUACCUGGCCGUCGUUUCCCGGUGGAUAUCUAUUAUACGAAAGCGCCAGAAGCUGAUUACAUUGAUGCAGCAAUGGUUUCCAUACUGCAGAUACAUUUGACGCAGCCACUUCCCGGCGAUAUUCUCGUUUUCCUGACUGGACAGGAAGAAAUUGAGACAUUAAUGGUCAGCUCAUUUAGCAAGUUAGCCCACUUUGGUUUAGGAGUAGUAGCUUUCGAGACAGCGUGCUGUAGUUCAACACAUGCGAAGGACACUGCAGAACAGUCUUGCCAAGCGCUGUUCGGAGAACUGUUGAAAUGAUA